GUCACCAUGCAUUCCUGUCAUGUAAUUUCGCAGAUGAGAAAGUCUCAUUCAGGAUGAUGUGGCAAGGCGGAAUUCUUGGGUGGUUCGUACUGUUUUCACUGUGUUCAGUGUGCUUGGACGCUGAAGGUAUAUCAUGUCCGGCGGAUUUCCAUGAAGUUUCCGGAUCCUGCUACUGGUAUUCAGACACGAAAGCAUCGUUUAAAGAUGCCACAGUGCAGUGCCGGAAAAUGAGCAGUCGCUUGGUCGUUGUUGCAAGCCCUGAGGAGACUGCGCUCCUCCACUCCAACAUAUUGCUUCAAGGAAAAGCCGACGUGUACUACAUUGGCGCCCGAUAUCAAGACAACAAUAGACUUUGGAUCUCAGAUGGCAACAAACCGACCACUACGCCGACGACGAGGAGCACCACCGACCUCAAGUGCGUUGUCAUGCGCGUACAACAACGUGUCAGAUGGUAUAAUGCUGACUGUAACGAUAAGAUCCGUUUCAUUUGUCAAUUCCAAUAAUAAACUGAAAGUAUCCGAUGCACCGAAGACGGGCAAAACGA